AUGGCGGAGUCCUCUAUCUGGCCUGUCUUUAUACCUGCGGAAAAAGACUGGCUCGAGCUUUAUACCGAUGCGCCCGAAAUCAACUUCCAAGCCUCAACCGCUGCUACGCCCAUACAUCAUACCAGUGACAAGCAGAGGUGGAAUGUCGCCCUCCCGAAUUUCGAUUGCUCGCAGCACCCUCAACCUGCAAGUCUAUCGUCUCGAUAUUCCGAAACACUCGCGCUGAUGCCGACUGGUUCAGGACAACUUCGCCGGCACAGUUGUACACUCAAUGAAUUUCCAUUCUGCAGCGCGCUGCACGUCGGCAGGAACCUCACGGACGCCGCAGAGCACGACGCCGCGUCCAACCAUGCGAGCCUCGGCAUCGGCGCGCCUCUCGCAGACGUGACAGUGCACCAGCGUCUGUACACGUUCUUUAUGUCGAUGAACCCAGGCUAUCUCCGCGCCAUCUCCUCAAUGUAAUGGGAGGCUGCGCUCACGGAAGACGUCGACUGCGCCAAGUUUGCGCUCCCGUUCCUGUUGCAAAGCACCUCGCGAAGCGUAUGUGUAGUGACGAUUGGUGAGCAACCUGGUGUGAUGUGGGUGCGUACACGUGAGCGGCUAACGUGA